AUGACAUCCCCGACCCGUCGAGGAAAUGCAUCCGAAUUCGCCGGCAGAUACCAGACCUUAUUAGAUGGGUUGACAAUCAGUGCUGUCUCUGUGACUGCCGGUUGCGGUGCAGUAACAAGCAGGUUUUUCGCCGAGAUUUGCGGCGUCGAUGGUACCGCUGUGCCAGCCAGAUUCGGUGCAGGAGCAGGCGGGAUUAGGUUACAAACCGCGAGCUGUUGCAUCGCUGCUGUGACGGCAGAAUUCGGUGCAGGAGGAGGUGGAAUCAAAUUGCUCGCCAAAAACUUGGCCGAUGAGGCUACCGCUGUGCCAUGCGGAAUUGGUGUAGGAGCAGGCGAGACCAGGAUACCAUCCGCAAGCUGCGGCGUCGCCGCUGUACCAACCAGAUCCAAUGCAGAAGCAGGCGGAAUCAAAUUGCUCGCCAAGAACUUGGCCGAUGAGGCUACCGCUGUGCCAUUCGGAAUUGGUGUAGGAGCAGGCGCGACCAGGAUACCAUCCGCAAGCUGCGGCGUCGCCGCUGUACCAACCAGAUCCAAUGCAGAAGCAGGCAGAAUCAAAUUGCUCGCCAAGAGCUUGGCCGAUGAGGUGGCCAUUGUGCCAGUUGUGAUCGAAGCAGGUACAUGCAGGACCUGCUUGGUCCCCGAAAACUGGGCCGUUGGGGCUACCGCUGUGCCAGUCGAAAUCGACGCAGGAGCGAACAGGUUCAGAUCGGUCGCCAAGAACGUGGCCGUUGAGGCUACCGCUGUGCAAGUCGAGAUCGACGCAGGUGCGGACGGGUUUAAAUUGCUCGCCGAGAACGUGGCCGUCGAGAUCGACGCAGGUACGGACGGGUUCAGAUCGGGAGCCGAAAACUGGGCCGUUGAGGCUGCCGCUGUGCAUGUCGAGGUCGACGCAGGUGCGGACGGGUUUAAACUGCUCGCCGAGAACGUGGCCGUUGAGGCUACCGCUGUGCAAGUCGAGAUCGACGCAGGAGCGGACGGUUUCAGAUCGAGAGCCGAGAAUUGGGCCGUUGAGGCUGCCGCUGUGCCAGUCGAGGUCGACGCAGGUGCGGACGGGUUUAAACUGCUCGCUGAGAACGUGGCCGUUGAGGCUACCGCUGUGCAAGUCGAGAUCGACGCAGGUACGGACGGGUUCAGAUCGGGAGCCGAAAACUGGGCCGUUGAGGCUGCCGCUGUGCAUGUCGAGGUCGACGCAGGUGCGGACGGGUUUAAACUGCUCGCUGAGAACGUGGCCGUUGAGGCUACCGCUGUGCAAGUCGAGGUCGACGCAGGAGCGGACAGGUUAAAACUGCUCGCCGAUAACGUGGCCGCUGAGGCUGCCGCUGUGCAAGUCGAGAUCGACGCAGGAGCGGAUGGGAUCAGAUUGGUCAUCGAGAACUUGGCCGAUGAGGUUGCUGCUGUGCCAGUCGAAAUCAAUGUAUGA